AUCUCAGUGCAGUUCUACCGCUUCUAGCAAUGGGAUCGUCAUUUUGCUCCACGCUUUUGCUUGUGCUAAUCUGUGUGAUUGUCCAAAGCCAAAUAUUGGAUUCGAACUUCAACAUCAAGGAAAAUGAACCUGCAGACUUAAUUUUGUCAAAUCAGCCUCAGUCUCUAGACGACUGUCAUUUCAGGUACUAUGAGUUUGGCAAAUCAUGGGCCAUUAAGCCAGCGUACGGUAUUCCCGCUUACUUGCGCGAGUUUGCACACAUGGCAGCCAUUGGGUGGUUGCAAACGGAUAACACAACAAUGUGGAAUUGCGGAGGAUCAUUGAUCUGGGAGAAUUUUGUCUUAACGGCGGCACACUGCACAGUGGAUAGCAGCGACCUCCCACCGGAUGUGAUCAGACUAGGCGACAUAGAUCUGUUUAAUGAUUCAGAUGACCACUACGCACAGCAGAUAAGAAUAAUAGAGAUUAUUCGGCAUCCGCAGCAUCGCUUCAGUGCUCGUUAUCAUGAUUUAGCUUUGUUGCGACUUGAACAAAAAGUUGUACUACAUGACACGGUAGCACCAGCAUGUCUGUGGAACGGUGAUGACAUUCGCUUCAAAACGCUGGAAGCAACCGGUUGGGGAGAUACCGGAUUUGCUCAGUCAAGAACACCGACACUGUUGAAGGUGCUGCUUAGACCGGUUGAUCGAGACGAAUGCAAUGAUCACUAUCAAAAUAUUAGAGGAUUCCGUGCCGGGUUGCAUGAUUUUCAAAUGUGUGCAGGGCAUGAUCUCAUGGAUACCUGCCCGGGUGACUCCGGAGGCCCUUUGCAGGUGAAGCUACUUCACAAUACUCGUGUCACACCGUUUGUCGUAGCUGUGACGUCAUUCGGUAGUGCAUGUGGCCUUUCAGUACCUGGUGUGUAUGUUCGAGUUGCCCCCUAUAUUCCGUGGAUAAAAUCAAUACUGAAGGCAAAAGGUGAAGAUGAUUCUGAUUGGUUUCUGGAGCCUCAGGCAUGUGCGCGGAAGUAUGUGGAUCUACGUGAAUACGAACCAAGAGUAGUGCUGUCGAAGGAUAAUAUGCAGGAGAACCUUGACCUGAGUAAAGCGCAUUUGCAUAGGGGUUCAUCGCAGCAGUUAGUCGGGAUUCAUUGGAACAGUCAGCCGACGAAUAGCUCAAGCGAAUGCUAUGGUGUCAUCAUUGAUGAGACUACUGUCCUGACUCUUGCUCGCUGUACUAUGGUCAAUGGAUCAGAACCAACGCACGUCACAUCUGCAGGGAACAAAACCAACAUCAUCACCAAUAGCCAUAAACAUCCCGCGUAUGUAGAGAGCUCAUUUCGGAAUGAUAUCGGUGUGCUGAAGGUGAAGGAACCCUUCGAGUUUAAUGACGACUUUACACCUGCUUGUGUCUGGACCAAAGAGAGCUUCCUUGAACCAGCAAUGGAGGUCUCGGGUAGAGGUCUUCGGGAACUCAAUGAAUUGUAUACAGAAUCAGCACCCGAGAUUAACCGUACCUCUAUGCUGAAUACAGUGGAUGUGCUGGGUAUAGUCAAUGAGCAGAACGAAACCAACUGUUCAUUGCCCACACAGUACGCAGACCGGUUGCCAAAUGGACUGACACAGGAACAUGUUUGCUUCGGAGCAGAACCGUUCCUCGUACCCGGAACGUGCAACCAGGCAUUUGGAGGGCCUUUGCAGAGAGAGAUGUUUCGCUAUGGGCGAAGCUUGAUGUAUGUGAACGCCCUGAACCUGUUUGGUAGAGACUGUGGAUUCGGUGAGUCAGCCGUAGCCGUCCGUCUGGCGCAUCAUAGACGAUGGCUAGAAUCAGUUCUUUAUCCUUCGAAAAAACCAGAAAUACCAGAUGACUCGGACCAGGUUAUAUUUCUGAACGAAGCACUGGAGGAAGGAGAUAACUGUACAGCACCGAACUAUGUCCCCGGUGUUUGUGUAAACGUACGUUUCUGUCCGAAAGUGGUGCUAGACUUUAAGAGUCGCCGUGAAAUGCAUUUCUGGAAUACGGGGUCGCUGGUAUGCUGCCCGCAUCGAUACAUACGCGAAGAAAAAAAUGAUGAUGCCGAGGAGAUAGACGCUUGUGAACGUCAUGAAGAUACAAACAUCGAUGAAGAAGAAGGAAGCGAAGACUACAGAAGUGCAUCGUUAUCGCAUGUGGUUUCAAUCGUUUGGCAAUAUGGUAAUGAGGAACGCAUCUGCAGUGGAACAAUCAUCGCAAAUCGAACGGUGCUAACAGCUGCGAGCUGCGUAGAUGCUUCUGCUCUUCCAGACUAUAUUCAAGCUGACCAUCCUUCUCUAGAGAUGCAGUUGCGGAUGAUCCCGGCAGAAAUUGUAAUACACCCGGAAUUUGAUAACUCAACAAAGACUCAUAAUCUGGCGGUGAUAAGAACAAUAGACAUAAUUGCUGAUAAUGAUUUUAGGACGUCUCGUGCUUGCUUAUGGAGAAACGUAACGCACACACCAUUCAUGAUGGAACAACUCGUUAUAGCUGACAUUAAUCUGGACACGAUGCAGGCCCAUCUGAAGUACAACACCGACUGUCGGCGUGCUCUGGGACGUGUUCUGGCACCCUCCGAGUUAUGCUUGCAGAUAGUGAAUUUGCGCAAAUUAAACAUAUCGCUUGACGAUGGAAUGCCAGCAUUCUGGUUGAAUCGUAAUAGAAGAUAUCUGGUUGGAAUAGUUAGUCGCCGGUCGUCUUUCUCUGAUCAAUCCAUCGUUCUGUACACUCGAAUCUCAUCCUAUGUCGAUUGGAUUAAAGCGGUACUUUAAGUAUGUAACGAGAAAGCUGAAUAGAAUUGAUCUAUCAUUGCUGGACUAGACGUAUCGCUCAAA